AGCAUAAAAUUAGCGACGAGUAAUUUGAAAAUUGGGAAUAAUUUAACAAUUAGACGUGAGAUUUGACUUUGCCACAUCACAUGCGUGUGCCUCCCUUUAUAUGCUCUUCUCUCCUCUUCCUCUUGCCUCGCGAGCUCACGUCAACUACUCGAAUUCGAGCUCGUCGGCGAAGCAGCAGCAGCCAGCUGAGUGAGGCAGCUAAGCUUUUGAUCGAUCGAUGGGCAACGCGAUCGCCGGCGGGAGGCGGCGGACGGCGAGGGUGAUGACGGUGGACGGGACGACGUACAAGUACAGGCCGCCGGCGUCGGCGGCGGCGGCGCUGCGCGACCACCCGGGCUACCAGGUCCUGGAGUCGGAGGAGGUCAGGCGCCUCGGGAUGCGCGCGCGGCCGCUCGACGCCGACGCGCCGCUCAAGCCCGGCAAGCUCUACUUCCUCGUCGAGCUCCCUCGCCUCGCCCGCGCGCCGCGGCGGACGUGGUCGGGCGCGCUUGUCCAUGUCGGCGGCGCCGGGGAGAGGUUGGAGAGCAUGAUGCUGUCGCGGCGGUCGGCGUCGGACGUGGCGGCGUCGCCGGUGUCGUCGGUGGAGGCCGGCGAGGGCGGCGCCGUGCGGCUGCGGAUGCGGCUGCCCAAGGCGGAGGUGGCGCGGCUUGUGAAGGAGAGCCGCGACGCCGCCGAGGCCGCCGAGAAGAUCAUGCAGCUCUGCGUCGACAGGGACCACAGCUCCGCGCCGGCCACCCCCGUCCUCCGCCGCCCGCCGCCGCUGCCGCUGCCGCUGCCGCUGCCGGCGGCGCUCGUCUCGUCGGACAAGAAGAAGGUCGCCGACAAGAAGCAGAAGAAGGCGAGGUUUAUGACUGACGUACCUGACGAGAUCAUCGACUUCUGAACAUUUGAUGAUCGGCAUUAUUGCAUGCAAAUCACCAUGAAACAGUAGUGCAGAUGGAUGGAGGCGAAUUUUAGAGAAUUAAUGUUUUCAGGGAGGAGAUAAUGAGAUGGAUCGAUUACUAUCGCGUUUGCAGGUUAAUUGGGAGCAAUGAGCACUGACACGAGAAGCUGCGAUGUGAAGAUAUGAAUGGCUUCCUGUCUCUCCCAGCCUGACGAAGUCUUGUCAUCUGCAGCUGUAGUAGCCUAAUCUGAAUAUUUAUCUGAUAUUUCUUGUCGUCAGAAACGGCUUAGAAUUAGUUGGUGAUUGACUUUUGGUGUGUAGGAAAAGAAGAAAAAAAAAACAGAAAAGGAACAGAUGCUAAAGGUGUUGUGGGGUGUGUGUGUGUGUGUGUGAGUGUGAUCAUGGACUGCUCGGUGUACAUAUUAUUGUCCGGUUAGUGUGGAUCUCCCUUUCUUUCUUUUUGCUACUGAUGUUAUCCUUUUUUUCUUAGUGCGCAUCUUGUUGCAUUCAUAUGGACUUUGACCGUGGAUAAAGAUAAGGGAUUUUUUUCAA